GUCAUAAUUUACUUUGGCGACCGCCGCACGUUCCACGCUGAUAGGCUUGUUUAAGUUGGGAUAGUUGGAGCAACCCCCCAAAGUUCAGUAGCCCAGCAAGCCCAGCCACUUUUUACUUUCACAUUCUGCCACCCCGAUUCCCAACUUGGUCAAAAUUCCACUACAACUUUAACAUUAACAACUCUUCGUCGUUUCGCCCGGCUUGAGCCACCGCAUUUUGUUUGUUCUCUACAUUCAUUACCUGCGACUUGUUCAAUUUACUUCGCUGGUUGCCACGCGAGACGACAAACUUAUUGCUACCCAAACAAAAACAUUCAACAACAAUUUCAUAUUCGUUUUUCUUUUCUUUACUUUUUUAUAAUUCUCUUCAAUCCGUAUUCAAGGAGUGCGCAAAUCGAGAGACACGAGAGGGUGGAAAUAAAGGAGAACAAACGGGGUCCCUCAAUUCAAUCACAAUUACCAUUCGGACCUCUAGUUUCUUUCUGUCAUCGACACUCAAAUCAAUAUCGAGCUCGUAUAUUUGAGUCAAACGUAGGACAAUUGGGAUUUGGAAGAAGCACCAAGUGUUGCAUCGCUUCGACGAGUUUUUGAGGAAGGUUCGAGGUUGGAUUUAAUUAUUGAACUCACGGUCGCAACAACCCGCCUAAACACCAAUCAUACAAAGGUCAGGCCGCAACUUCCCUCUUACCUAAGCAAACAAUGGCGUCUUUCGCCGUCUCAACUCCCUCACCACCGGGUCGAGUCCGAACCCCAGGCACUCCUAAGCACGGUUACACCGAUUCCUGGGACCCUUAUUCAACUCCCCGUAAAUCCGCUCGCAUCUCAGCACAACGAUCGCAACACCGUACACCUUCCCCUCGCGCCUCAACACAACGUCACAAUCGCGUAACCGCUCGAGUCCCCUCCGAUCCUUUUGAUACUCCCAACGCAUCUCCCCAGAAGAAACGUCAACCGGCCAUGGAUUCAGUUCGUCGCGCAAAUGGCGCCUUAACCUUCGGAAGUUCCAACGCUGGCGAUUCAAUUGGCAAUGGUUCUUCGCGCCAGAAGCCCAAGGCCAACGCGACUUCCCAAAACAUAUCCUCUAUGAUGCUUCCUACCCCUGCCAAGACACCCCAGAAGCAACCGGAUGAGAAGUCCAAGGCCAAGGUCCGUGCGGUCGCGCGCAACCUCUUUUCUGAUGUCGACGCCGACGCCGAUAUCAUUGUCAAUCCCAAGAAGAGAAAAACCAAGAAGUACAGCGGCAUUACCUUGAACAGCUUCACUGCCGAAGAGAUUGAGGAGCCCAUUGAGAUAUUCACCGAUUCGCGCGAUCGCGUCCCCGAAGUUGAUCGCGAACAGAACCCCUUCUACAACAACCUUCCCUCUUCCGCAGACAGUGAGACUUCGAAGCGAAUUCGUGCCAAGCAGGUCUCUAUUCCUGGUGAAGGUCGACAGACUGUCGAUGAAGCACUUGAGCGCAAGGAUGGAAUCAUUUAUGUCUUCCGAGGAAAGAAGAUUUUCCGCAAGUUUUCAAGCGAGGAUGGAGAGGAAGAGGAAGAUAUCACCGCAGAGUCGAGCAGUGCUAAGAGCCCCGAGAGACCCCGACCGUUGACCCGCUCCUCUAUCAAGCCUCGCUUGCUCUUCCCGGCCAACCAGAAGGGCAAGGCAGCUACCCAAGUAAUUGAUGAGGAUGAGGAAGCCGUUACGGACAUCGAAGAUCAUGUACUAGUUGAUGCCGCCGAGGAGGAGGAACUCGCUUCCGCUGAAGAACCUGCAACUCCCAACGCUGCAGCCGGCAAGAAGCCAGAGACACCCGUCGCCCCCCGAUUCGCGCCCGUCUCCCCUCCCUCGACAGUCCGAGCGACACGCGCAAGCACAAAGCUACGUGCCACAGAAUCACCCAUGAAGGCAACUAAGCCGCGCAGUCCAUUCGAUGGCUGGCGUCGCUCUAAGAGUCGAGCUGGCCCGCAAGGCCAAAAGCGAGAGGGCGACGAGCUAGUUAGACCGAGCGAGGUUGCGAAGCGCCAGCGUGCGUAGUCCGUUUCACUUGCUAUUCGAUCCGAUCCCGGCAUUUACGGCAUCUAGGAGUAGUUCCCUUUGUGAUUUGGUGUAACUGGAGGAGCACAGCAAAGCAGGCCAUUUGGAAUGGCAUCCGGAAAAAGUAAAACUUGGUUUCUACCAUCCAUGGAGGUGUUGGGCGUUCUCUUAUUCUCCCAAUCGGCAUUGUCGGAAAUGGGCCCAAAGAUAGGGCGCUAGGGCUAUUCGGUGUCUACAUAUGGUUUUAAUCCAGGAGUCUUUCGUCCCUGGUUAAUAGUUACAGGGCACUGGCUCACGGAUAAGUAGUAUAGCUUGCCUCAGAAUGAAUUCACUCUAUAAUGCAUCUUGUUGGUUUUUCGUGUUGUAUUUGAUAAAUGUAAGGUGAUAUGAAUAAGUACUUGAUGACCAGAAGUAUCUUUGUAGAUUUAUACCAAGUUGCUAGAGGUAGUAUAUGUCCGGCGCGUAGAAGGGAUUCCCUUGCGAGGUUGAUAUGCACGCAAUCGUGAUCAGCAGGUCGUAAAAUACUCUUGAAAACGGUAUCGAAAUAUAGUGAUACGAACAAGUCACUUUUACUUGAUGUGUUACACCGGAGUAGUUCCCUACGCUGCAAGGAGGGUAUCAGUUACUCGUUUAAAUAAUAGAAAGCUCUAUGACUGGGAUAUGAAG